AUGCCCGUCAAAGCGACACGGAUGGGGAGCCACCCGUUCCAAGGGAGAAUGAACGCGAAAUCCUGCGGGGAGAGGGAGGAACGGGAGCGGAAGAGCAUCGAAGACGAGGUGCGAGAGGCGCGCAAAAAACAGGAGGUGCGCGAAAAAGAGAGGCGGGUGGAGCACAAAGAAGUGGAGAAGAAGAAGAGGGAGGAGGGUAGGAGGGAGGAGCGCGAAAAGGAGGAGGCGAGGCAGAGGGAGGAAAAUGAGAGGCUCAAGGAACAGAGGCGUGUGGAGCGCGAAAGGGAGGAGAAGCGGCAGAGGGAGGAGGAAGAGCGGAAGAGGGAGGAGAAAAGGAAGGUGGAGCGAGAAAAGGAGGAGAAGCGGCAGAGGGAGGAGGAAGAGCGGAAGAGGGAGGCGGUGAGGAAGGUGGAGUGCGAAAAACAGGAUAAGCUGCAGAGGGAGGAGGAAGAGCGGAAGAGGGAGGAGGCGAGGAAGGUCGAGCGCGAAAAAGAGGAGAAGCGGCAGAGGGAGGAGGAAGAGCGAAAGAAGGAGGAGGAGAGGAAGGUGGAGCGCGAGAAAACAGGAUAA